AUGCUGCACUCAAGACUGUUCUUCAUGUUUAUCCUGCUGGUCGCGCUAUUUGAGUGCAGUCGCUGCAGGAAGAUCGACUGCAGAGACAGAUGCUGCUCCUUUGUAGAGAACUUCCCAGUGAAAUUGAAGGCGCUUCGAGUAUCUUAUGCUAAAAUAAGGGAUUAUUAUGAGGCUAAUGACGAACUCGAGACUGCAUUACUGGAUGAAGACAUACUUCACAACAUAAAAAGCCCUUUCGGAUGUCAUGCCAUGAAAGGAAUCCUGGAGUUCUACUUGGACAACGUAUUACCAAAGGCAAUUGAAGACGUUAAAGAUGCUAACAGAUUCUUCAAAUCACCAAUUGAUUCAAUCGGAAACACUCUAACGGAGCUUAAAAGGGAUAUAAUCCACUGCAGGAAUUACUUAUCCUGUAGGCAGCCAUUUAAACUAGACACCGUCAUUCACUCUUACAACAAAAUGAAGACAAAUGGGCUGUACAAAGCCAUGGGGGAGCUUGAUUUGCUAUUCAACUACAUUGAAGAUUACAUGGUAUCAAAGAAAAGGAACCACUGA